AUGGAGUUCAACUUGCUCACUGAUCCAGAAGCUCAGAGCCCCCCUCUUUCCCUCUCCGAAUCCGGGACACCUCAGCAUGCCCACAGGCACAAGGGGCAAGCAAAUGACACCGAAAAGUCCCAGCAGAAUCAGACUGACAAUUCCACUCCUGAGGACGGCUCCUUGAGAAAGAAGCAACGUAGGCAGAGAACUCAUUUUACCAGCCAGCAGCUACAGGAGCUAGAAGCCACUUUUCAAAGGAAUCGGUAUCCAGACAUGAGUACCCGAGAGGAGAUUGCGGUCUGGACCAACUUGACGGAAGCCAGAGUUCGGGUAUGGUUUAAGAACCGCAGAGCCAAAUGGAGGAAGCGGGAAAGAAAUCAACAGGCAGAACUUUGUAAGAAUAGUUUUGGAGCUCAGUUCAACGGACUGAUGCAACCUUAUGAUGAAAUGUAUAGUAGUUAUUCCUAUAAUAACUGGGCUACCAAAGGACUUACUGCCAGCACGUUAUCAACCAAGAGCUUCCCAUUCUUCAACUCCAUGUCGGUCAAUGCCCUUUCUUCCCAGCCCAUGUUUUCAACAUCCGGCUCCAUAGGAUCCAUGUCUGUGCCCUCCUCAAUGGUUCCUUCAACAGUGACGGGUGUGCCAGGCCCAAGCCUUAACAAUCUGAACAGCCCGUCUCUUAACUCCGCCGUUCCAUCCAGUACCUGUCCCUAUGCAUCCACAGCCAAUCCUUACAUGUAUAGGGAUACUUGUAACUCGAGCCUGGCUAGCUUGCGAUUGAAGGCAAAGCAACACGCCAACUUUACCUACCCAGCAGUGCAGACGGCACCCUCCAGCCUGAGCCCAUGUCAGUAUGCAGUGGAUAGAUCAGUAUGAGAACCUCCACCGCUAAUUAUGAACUAUUAGCAGAAACUAUGUUUCCCCUGCAGCUGAAUUGCAGAAAAGAUGUAUUUAUAAUACUGUUAACA